GGUGUGGUUGUGCCAAACAAUCCUCUGCAAGAAGAGAGAGAGAGAGAGAGAGAGAGAGAUGGGGACCUGCUUCUCUUCUGCUGGCUCAGAGGAGGAGGAGCAAGCAGGCGAUGAAGCAGUAGUAGUUUAUGUGGGGCGGGGUGAUGAAUUGAGCCCUGACGCGAAGGGGAGAAGGAUUCUUUCUCUGUGUUCUCGGCAAGGGAAAAAGGGCCUGAACCAGGACGCUGCUAUCCUCUGGGAGGGUUAUGGAGGUGAAGAAGAUGGACUGUUCUGUGGUGUCUUUGAUGGCCACGGGAGAAAUGGUCAUAUCAUCAGCAAGCUCGUCCGAGACCAACUACCUCCCUUGAUACUCGGCGAACGCAGAGAGUUGGGAAAACAGAAGCCGGUCUCAUCGGCAGAGAUAGUCGAUGAGUGGAACGAGACUUGCGCCAGUGCUUUCAGGGCCAUGGACCAAGAGCUCAUGCUCAAGCCAGAUUUAGAUUGCACAUACAGUGGAACUACAUCGGUGUCCAUCAUGAAGCAGGGGCGAGAUCUAAUUAUCGCUAACCUUGGGGAUUCGAGAGCAGUAAUGGCGGCCGUAUCCGAAGAUGGCCGUCUCGAGGCAAUCCAGUUAACUACCGACUUGAAGCCUAGCGUACCUCUUAUUUCUGGAUCUGCAGAAGAAGCGGAGAGAAUAAGGAAGAGCAAUGGGCGUGUGUUUGCGCUCAAGUGCGAACCCCACAUUCAGCGUGUUUGGCUGCCCAACGAGAAUUUCCCUGGGCUCGCCAUGGCUAGAGCUUUCGGGGACUUCCACCUCAAGAAUUACGGCGUCAUCUCCGUCCCUGACGUCUCGCAUUACCACCUCACGGACAGAGAUCUCUUCCUAGUUCUCGCAACCGACGGGGUUUGGGACGUGCUUUCGAACGAAGAGGCUGUAUCCGCCGUUUGGUCAGGCAGCAGCAGCAGCAACGAGGACCCCUCGAGAAAACUGGUGGAAGCGGCGCGGAGAGCGUGGAGAUCCAAAUUCCCUUCGGCAAAAGUGGACGAUUGCACUGCUGCUUGCUUGUUCUUCCAAGAGAGAAGAGAGGGCAUUUCACUUCCAAGAAACAACAAGAAGAGAUGAUCGAUGUGUUUGAUGAUGUCGAUAUAAUUAAUUGCAUAUUGUACCAAUAACAAAACAAGGUUUUGAACUCCUCUCAACAAUGUCAUUAUAUGGAUUGUGCUUGAGCUUGAGCCUGCCUAUGCAAGCUUUCAAGAAGAUGUGAAUCAGAUAGCAUAAUGUUCAUUGAUAAAUGAUAACCAUGUUGUAUUUUUGCAGUA